AGUCUCCCCGCGGGGUGGGGAGCCGGAGCCAGGCCGCCCACCCGGGUAACCCGGUGCCUGCUACUGCCAGGGCUGGGGAGGGACCCCGGGCUCGGCAGCGGCGGCAGCAGCAGCUGCUGGUGUUGGGGGAGGGGGCUGGAGUGUGGCUCUUUGUUGCUGCUGUGUGAACGGGACCCUCCUCCUGGCUGAUGUCUGAGCUGCACCACUACCUCCUCCAUCCGCACUUCGAUGUAGCUGGGAAGGCUUUGGGGUUGUUGUCUGGGUCUCAGGGCAGAGCCUGCUGGAGGCACUGGAAGUGGAUCGGUUCCUGGUCAUGCCCGGUGGAAGGAGGGGACCCAGUCGGCAGCAGCUAAGCCGUUCAGCUUUGCCUUCUCUCCAGACUUUGGUUGGCGGGAGCUGUGGCAACGGCACUGGUCUAAGAAACAGGAAUGGUAGUGCAAUCAGCCUCUCAGCUCCUCCCAUAACGGCCUUGAUCACCCCAGAGCCUGUGCGUCACUGCCGGAUCCCUGACCUGCCACUGGAUGGGAGCCUUCUCUUUGAAUUCCUCUUCUUCAUCUACCUGCUAGUGGCCCUCUUUAUUCAGUACAUCAAUAUCUACAAGACUGUCUGGUGGUAUCCCUACAAUCACCCUGCCUCCUGCACCUCUCUGAAUUUUCACCUCAUUGAUUACCACCUGGCGGCGUUCAUCACGGUGAUGCUGGCGCGGAGGCUGGUGUGGGCCCUCAUCUCCGAGGCCUCUCAGGUGGGCGCAAUGUCAGUGAUUCACUACAUGGCAUUGAUUAUGGCGCGCCUGGUGCUGCUCACGCUGUGCGGUUGGGUACUUUGCUGGACUCUGGUCAAUCUCUUCCGCAGCCAUUCUGUGCUCAACCUCCUCUUCUUGGGCUACCCGUUCGGUGUCUACGUUCCCCUGUGCUGCUUCCACCAAGACAGCAGAGCGCAGCCCCUCCCAACCGACUGCAGCUACCUGGUGCAGGAUCAGAUGGUGGAUGACGGGACCUCAGGCAUUGGCAGCCUGGUGAAACCCAAAGACUUCCUCUCCCUCCUGCGGGAGUCCCUGAAAGAACAGUUCAAUAACCCUACGGCCAUCCCAACCCACAGUUGCCCCCUCUCCCCAGACCUCAUCCGCAAUGAGGUGGAGUGCCUAAAAGCGGACUUCAACCGCAGGAUCAAGGAGGUUCUCUUCAACUCCCUCUUCAGUGCCUACUACGUGGCCUUCCUGCCGCUGUGCUUCGUGAAGAGCACCCAGUACUACGACAUGCGCUGGUCCUGCGAGCACCUCAUCAUGGUGUGGAUCAACGCCUUCGUUAUGCUCACCACGCAGCUGCUGCCCCCCAAGUACUGCGACCUGCUGCACAGAUCGGCCGCCCACCUGGGCAAGUGGCAGAAGCUAGAACACGGCUCAUACAGCAACGCCCCACAGCACAUCUGGUCAGAAAGUACGAUCUGGCCACAGGGCGUGCUGGUGCGACACAGUCGAUGCCUGUACAAGGCAGUAGGGCCUUACAAUGUAGCAGUGCCUUCAGAUGUCUCCCACGCCCGCUUUUAUUUCCUCUUUCACCGUCCAUUACGGCUGCUUAACCUGCUUAUCCUCAUCGAAGGCAGUGUCGUCUGCUACCAGCUGUACUCCCUGCUGCGCUCGGAGAAGUGGAACCACACCCUCUCCAUGGCCCUCAUCCUCUUCUGCAACUACUAUGUCUUAUUUAAGCUCCUUCGGGACCGGAUAGUAUUGGGCAGGGCCUACUCUUACCCCCUCAACAGCUACGGACUCAAGGCACAUUAACCUGCCAAACGCUCCAAGGGGUGGGGGUGGGGGGGAAGGGAGG